GAGUUGGGAAAUAAAAAAUGAGAAGCUUUCGAAAAUUCAUCUCCCUCUGUGAAUCGAAGCUCGCAAUGAUUCACAAUGGCGAUGAGUGAUCGAUAAUUACGAUCAGAAAAUUUCGGAAGAAGAAGCAAUUCCAUCAUCAUCAGCUGCAUAUUUCGUCCGAAGAUCAACAGGUAAGAAAGAGGCAAACAAAAAGGGAAAGGGAGAAGAGAACGAGAGGAAGUUCAUUGGGGAACCGAUUAUCAUGUCGUUCUCUUUCUUCAAGGCGAGGCCUAAAACGCCACAGGAGGUGGCCAAGUCUACCAGGGAGAGUCUUAAUGCUCUCGAUACCAAGACUGUUGUUGAAGUUAAAGCUCUCGAGAAGGCUUUAGAGGAAGUUGAGAAGAAUUUUGUGACAAUGAGGUGCAUGCUUUCUGGGGAUGGGGAAUCAGAACCAAACAUGGAUCAGGUUACCCAGCUAGCAGAUGAAGUUUGCAAAGAGGAUGUUGUUGAUCUUCUAAUUCACAAGCUGCCAACUCUGGGUUGGGAAGCAAGAAAAGAUUUAGUACACUGCUGGUCCGUAUUGUUGAAACAAAAGGUUGAUUCCAAAUACUGUUGUGUAGAAUACCUUGAACAACACUCUGAGUUACUGGACUUUCUUGUGGUAUGCUAUGACAACAAGGAAAUUGCAUUGACCUGUGGACUGAUGUUGCGGGAAUGUGCCAAAUUUCCAACGCUUGCAAGAUAUAUAUUGGAGUCUGCAAGCUUCGUGUUGUUCUUUAAAUUUGUAGAGUUGCCUACCUUUGAUGUUGCUUCUGAUGCUUUUUCUACUCUUAAGGAUCUUCUUACUAAACAUCAAGAAGUGGUGUCUGAAUUUUUGACAGCUCAUUAUGAUGAGGACUUAUUGUUCCAGUUCUUUGAUUUAUAUGAGAAAUUGUUGACAUCUCCUAAUUAUGUCACAAGGAGGCAGUCUUUAAAGCUUCUCUCAGAGUUUCUUUUGGAGGCUCCAAAUUCCCAAAUAAUGAAACGCUACAUCUUAGAAGUUCGUUACCUGAAAGUCAUGAUGACAUUGUUGAGGGACUCAAGUAAAAACAUUCAGAUAUCUGCUUUCCACAUUUUCAAGGUUUUUGUUGCUAAUCCUAAUAAACCACGAGAGGUAAAAAUUAUAUUGUCAAAGAACCGGGAGAAGCUGCUGGAAUUGCUUCGUGAUCUCUCUCCUGGAAAAGGUUCAGAAGAUGAGCAAUUUGAAGAGGAAAAGGAGCUUAUCAUGAAGGAAAUUGAAAGAGUAUCGUGCUGAGUUAUUCACUGAUCUACCAGCUACAUUGAUUUUUUCUUUUUCCUUUUUGGUGGUCAAUUUGAUGUAAGUGACGUCAUAAUUCAUAUUGCUGCUUGUGAACAACUAAUGUGUGAAUGAAUGGUCCAAUAGUUUUUCAGUCGACAAGGUGAAAAAAAGAGCUCAUAUUUUUGUGAUAUGUAAACUGUAUUAGAAGUAUUAAUAUUUAAUACAGCCGUUCCAGAUA